AUGGUCGAGGGGAAACCGUAUCGAUACGGGCUGAUAGCUGCGGGGCUGUGUGUGGCGGCAGUCGGCGGCUUCAUCAUGAUUCAGGAGCAGCCGCACGUCUACGCUGUAAUGUGUGCUUUGGGCUUCACCAUGGUGUGUGUUGGGACUGUGUGGAGCCUUUGCCAGUGCUAUCCUAAGGUCAUUUUGGCUCCUGAGAUUCAGGAAAAAAGACUAGAGGAUGUGAGGUGCACUGCAGCCAGAGCAAGGCAUGCCGAGGCUCUGCCAGGUUUCUGUGGCCAAAAGUCGAGCAGCAGCAGACUUCUUCCUGAAGCCCUGAAGAGCCACAGCUGUCCUACACUGCACCUGGUCUGAAGUAGAGACGCCAUCAUUAGAUGACUCCAAUAAGAGCACUCCACCACGCUGCACUCAGGACA